AUGGUAACUCUAGCAGCAAAGAAGGCAGCAAGCUCGCCCCACGGCAAAACUCGCCCUCGUCAGCCGGAGGUCGCACGCCUUCAUUUCAGUCUGAUGAUCCAUCAGGCAUCAACCAAACUAAGGACGCUUUCACGGAGGAGAUCCAGUAAGCAAGUCGCGAGAAUUUCCAUACCCCUGACAGAGAAAGGAGACCGAUCAAAUCGCGGCACAGAUCACGGACAUACAGGGCCAACUGAAGGAAAUCCGGGAACAGAACAGGUAUGGCCAGACGCGUCCGCAGCGAAGACGACCCAACGGCUGAUCAUCGCCGCCAGCGCACGGGACAGUUACCUGAAGCAGGUGUGGGAUCAUGUGAGGAAGCUAAAUCAAUGGGCGGCGGAGGCCCGGGAGAUCAUUAACGGGAGAAACUCGCCAUCGCCUGGGCAGUGUGGGUCGGUGGAUGUGUAA